AUGGAAGCUGAGCAAAACUUAGAUCACAAGGGGGGUCAAGGAUCCGGGACUGACGACGUGGAAAGCAUUGACGAGGAAGAAGAGUACGAUGACGGAUUUAAUUAUGAAGACUUCGAGUAUGACUACGAUGACGAUGAUGACAAGGACCUUAUGAAACAAUUAGGUCAUGCUGAUCCUGGGAAAAAGAAGAAAGGUGUGAAAGGAGGGAAAGGAGAGAAGAAAGCGCUUGAUAAAUUCCAGGAGUUCUUUCACACGAUCAACAAAAGGAAGGAUGAUGAGGGCAGCGAUGAUGAUUUUAUCGAACGGACUGAGCGCAUGCUGAAGGAUGACUGGGCACUGAGAGACACUAAAAGGGAGACUAUGAACGGCCUAGUGACCCUCCUAUACGUGACCGAAUGGGGAAAGCAGAACAACCGGUGUCACUUUCAUGUUAUUUACAAGUUUGAUCGGGAGCACCGCAGACCGAAGAAUUCAGUAUUUAAGUAUCUCCUGAAGAAAUAUGGUCACGUAAAGCAUCAACACCUGAUCUUAAGAAACACAAUCUUGGGAGAACGGUACAUUAACAAAUGCGACCCGGGGAGUCGACCUGUUGUUCUCCUGGGAAAACCCUUAACAGCACGAGGACUCACCACUUGGGCUGAAAAACAGGGUCUUGAAGAGCGGCUCCUGCACUUGGUGAGAGAAGACGGAAUUCGCAACGAAGCCAGUCUAGUUAAACUGGAACCCAGACUACUUGGCAAGGAAAGUAUGAUACGCCAUGUAAUGAAGGUUACAAAGCAGCACAAGGAAAGAUAUGUGGACCGUAUGUACGUAUGGCAGGUCUUUGCAUUUAUGUACAUGUUGGCGAAGAUGGGAGACGAGAGGACAUACUUGCACUUCUAUGAUUUACACGGCAACUCAGGCAAGAGCUGGUUUGGUGGUCUAAUGAAAACAUACUUUCGUGAUGAACUCUGCUUGAUUGACGCCGCUGGCAACUACAAGGAUAUGGUGGAUGCUUGUCGGAGUGAACUCGAAUGUUGCAAAUACGUUAUCGUAGAUGCAAGUAGGUCAGAGAACAACGCCAAAUCAGUGGCUAAACUCGUCGGACACAUCAUGAAUGGCAGGGCCCCUGCAACAAAGUACCAGGGGGAUAUGAUACAAUGCAGCGCUGAGUAUGUUAUUUUGUUGUCUAACACCCCACCGAUUCCAGGGGUCCAGUCCUUGGAUCGCAUCAUUUGUGUUGAGUUGUCUGGUCCUGACAGGGAACCGUUUCAGCUUCUGAGCACCAAGGAAUGGAUUACGAAGCACAACGAACUGAUUAUCAGAGACAAAACGAGUGAGGAUUGGUUCCAUUUAGAGGAUACCCGUAUUGAGGAGAAUAAGGGACAUGAACCAAAGGGGACGAUCAGUUACCGCGCUUCUGUUCGAUUUGACGGUGGGAGGAUCGGAAAGAGAAAGUUUGGAGGUGGACAAGCUACCGUCACAGAGCAACCAAUGAUUGAAAAUUACUACGCCUCCAAAAGAUUCAAGGUUGUCCAUGCAAACCCACUCGCUGAUAGAAUCGACCCUGAAACUGGAUGGUGCAGCAGCAUGAAACCAUGGGUGUAUCAUCGCUUAAGUUUCAACGAGUUUGUUAAGUGGGUGAGGGAACAUCCCGGCGAGUACAAAGAGAUAUCAGAGAAAUGUCGAGAUCCUUGCAAGGAUUGUGGAUGGAACCAAGUGAAACCUGACGAACACAACAAUUUAUCUUGGCACGAGUCACUUAAGGCUAUGCGGGAGAGGGCUCACAUUGACGUGAAGAAGGAAAGGAGGAAUUUUAUGAAGAGUGUUGAAGCACGCAAGUUAGAGGAAGAAGCCGAACAGGCUAUGAGGAGAGACGAAGAACGAGGAUCUAAUCAAACGAGGGAUGAUUGA